GGAAAUAAUUUUAACUACAAUUAUCAAGGAGAACCUGAAAAGCCUACUAAGUUUAUGAACAAGACUGAAACUGCUGGGUUCAAUAAGGUCAAAGCCUCUGAGGCUACUAAGAAACAGAUCAGGAAUCAGAUGCUUGAUUUAGACCUGAUAAAGUUACCUUCUAUAGGAAACGAAUACGCUCAUGCCACUAAACCUCACAUAAAGUUACAAAAUAUUGGCACUUGUGAUACUGGUAAGAAUAGUAUCCCCAGUCAUCAGAUAAUUCAGCCAGCAGCUAGAGUACCUGCUGGUGUAAAUCUUCAAUCAAAGGAUGAUUAUAAGCAAUACUUUAACCCAAUGUUGAACAAGACUCGGAUUGAUAACCUACCUCCUCUUCAGGAGAUGUCAGUCCUUGACCAGAGUUAUGAAUCGAAGCGAAAGCAAACUGCUAAUCAGCAACUUAGAUCUCGUAGUAAGAACUAUUAUAACCUGGAGAAUUGCAAUUACCCAAGUGGGACUAUGAAUGAGUGUAAAGCUAGUAAUAACAAGCUUGAAGAGAGCAAGAGUAAUAUGCCAAAGCCAUACAAGUCUCCUACGCGAGAACAUAAAAGAUUACAGUCCAACAACACUGCUAUCCCCAUAGGGGAUAGGGAGGUCGUUGUUGACACCUCUAUCAGUGUUGUCUCCAGCAUUGGAGGAUCUGGCAAGGAAAUUCUUAUAAACACAGCCAACACUGCCAUGAAAUCAAGUGACAAUUGUGUUUAAAAAUUUGAAUUUG